AAAGAAUUGUAUGCUUUUGAUGAUCUGAAAAUUGGUGUCAAAGGGCUUUCAGACUCUGAGGUAUCCAAGAUUCCCAGAAUUUUCAUCCACCCACCAGAGACUGUAAAGAACAAAGCACCAGAAAAUGGUGUCAAACUUCAAAUCCCAGUUAUUGAUCUCAAAGACAUCGGGAAUGAACACAGUCGAGAGGAAACGGUCAAUGCAAUUAAAGAUGCAUGUGAAACAUGGAGGUUCUUUCAGAUAGUUUACCAUGGAGUUCCACUUGCUGUUAUGGAGGAGAUGCUUCAAGGUAUUCGUAGAUUUCAUGAGCAGCCGGCAGAAGACAAGAUGGAGUCGUACUCUCGUGACUUCAAGAAUCCGGUCAACUUUUAUUGCAGUGGAGAUCUGAAAGUGCGUGCAAAAUCAGCAGCAGACUGGAGAGACACCUUAUUCUGCAGAGAAGUAGAUGAUGAAUGGGAUUUUGAAGCACUGCCUCAAGUCUGCAGGUAGUUCUUUAGCUCAGGAGCCUAUACAUACACUUGACCUUUAUUUAUAAUGUAUAUAUUCUUUUUCUAUGAAUUGAGUUUUGAACGAUUCAUCACUCUGUUGUAGACGUGAAAUAAG